UUGUUUCGCAAAUCUAAAAGGGAUCCAGUUCUUCCACAGACCAUCCCUAAUAUUUCAUCCCAGCAUGGGAGUUAUUUUCUUCCAGUUAUAAAAUAGUUUAAUAUGGGGAAAACAUCGAAGGAUAAACGCGAUAUAUAUUACCGCCAAGCCAAGGAGGAGGGCUGGAGGGCCAGGAGUGCAUUCAAGUUACUACACGUGGACGAGGCCUACGGCAUUUUAAAUGGUGUCCAGCGAGCGGUAGACCUGUGCGCUGCUCCUGGCAGCUGGUCCCAGGUUCUAUCGAGGAAACUAUAUGAUCCCUGUCAAACGGAUGACGAGAAAGCAGCUGUUAAGAUCAUAGCCGUUGAUCUCCAGGCUAUGGCACCAAUCAGAGGCAUAAUCCAACUCCAGGGAGAUAUCACCAAACAGUCAACAGCAGAAGCAAUCAUCGGGCACUUUGGCGGCAGUAAUGGCGAGAAGGCACAGUUGGUUGUUUGCGAUGGAGCCCCCGAUGUUACCGGUGUUCACGAAAUGGAUGAGUACAUGCAACAUCAAUUACUCGUAGCUGCUCUAAGCAUUGCCACCUGUGUUCUUGAAACUGGCGGAACUUUUGUUGCCAAGAUCUUUAAGGGCAAUGCCACAUGGCUACUAAGCUCCCAAAUGCAAAUAUUCUUCAAGAAAUUCGACAUCUACAAGCCACCAAGUUCGCGUCCAUCGAGCAUCGAAGCAUUUGUUGUAUGCUCCGAUUUCUGCCUGCCCGCGGGGUACAUUCCACAAGUGAUUAACCCGGCAAGAGAUGAUAUUCGUCUUCUGGCACAAAAAACUGGAUCCGAUGUCAACCGACGGCUAGUUCCGUUCAUAGCUUGCGGAGACUUAAACGGGCUAAGUGAUCCUGAUGAGGCUCAAUCUUCUACAUCAGCUGAUUCAAAAUUGAAUGUGAAGUAUGUUUACGAUGCUGUUAUGAGCGAUGCGGCUUAUCCUGCGGAAUUUAAAGAAAUCCUAAAAGAAGUAUACGAAGAACAAUUGCAAAUCAGCUAAAUGUCUCAAAAAUAAAACUUAAGGAUGCUGUUUAAA